AUGAGCAGUAAAACUAGAUACAAUGGUUUAUUUCAUCGAGAAAAUAGAUCUAGUUUGAGUAAAACAAAGUAUUCACAAAUUGAUCAAGAUAUAUAUCAUUCUUAUUUUGAUCAACAAUAUGAUAGUAAUAGUUUUGGGUUUUCUGGAAAUCAAAAUGAAUAUGAUAUUGAUCAUUUAAGUUCAAAAAUUAAAACUCUUAAAGAUAUAACAAUUUCUAUAGGUGAUGAAAUUCGCGAAUCAUCUGUAUUUUUGUCUUCAAUGGUAAAAAAGUAA